AACUACCUCAGAUCCCCGCACUUCCAAACCAUAUCAGGCUUGUGCCCAUCUCCGUCAGUUCGCCAAGAAGUUCAACCCCAUGGGGAUUGCGAGGAUGUGUGAAGCUUCCCCGCAAGAACGACUCGUAAUCUGAUGGUAUGCAGGACCAUGAAGGUAUGCAGAUGACUCGCACUGAGGAAGCGAGAUAAGCUGGAAGCAUAUAAUCAUCAAUGACAGCGUCCGCAAUUUCGGAAAUGGUCAAGUCUCUUGCUCAUCCACGCCAGUAUCACCGCCAGGUGAUCACAUCAACAGAAUGGCCCGAGAAUAUCCUUCAGACCACAAAUCCAUCGACAAUACCUCGAUCGAGAAGUUUGAGGUAGUGCCCGACAGCGGAAUAGAACUCCCGGAGAUCCUUCAACACUACUCAUCCGAAGAACUACGUGCCCUCGAAAAGAAACUUGUGCGAAGGAUUGACCUCCGCUCUCUCCCGAUUCUAGCCAUCCUUUUUCUCCUCAACAUUCUCGACCGCAAUGCGAUCGCCAACGCACGCCUCGGGGGCCUAGAAGCCACACUCGGUAUCAGCGAUGUCCAAUACCAGACCGCUGUGAUGGUGCUUUGGGCGGGAUACAUCAGCAUGAUGGUACCAUCGAAUAUGGUGUUGUCAAUUAUCAAGCCACGCAUAUAUUUGCCGACUGUCGUCAUCGUCUGGGGUAUCGUAUCUGGCGCAACUGGUUUUGUUCAGAACUUCAACGGGCUAGUCGCGCUCCGAUUCAUGGUUGGUGUGACAGAGGCUCCAUACUUUCCAGGCUGCAUUUUCUUCCUGAGUUGCUGGUACAAACGUAGCGAGCUACCCGCCCGGAUAGCAACUUUCUACUCCGGUUAUACGCUCUCCUCCGCUUUCGGCGGACUCAUUGCUGCUGGGGUGGUUGACGGCAUGGAAGGCCUGGGCGGCUACGAAUCCUGGCGGUGGAUAUUUAUUCUUGAAGGAAUUCUCACUAUUGUUCUCGCAUUCUUGGGCUAUGUGCUCCUGCCGAACUACCCGUCCAACACGACCUGGCUGUCGCCCGAAGAGCGCGCAUUGGCACAGUGGCGACUCAACACUGAAGUCGAUGGCGAGAACGAUGAAGUGAACGAGAGUGUGUUUGUGGGACUGAAACAAGCAUUCGCGGAUAGGAAGGUCUAUCUCUUGAUCUUCAUCCAAACGACAGCGACGAUGAGUAUGAGCUUCACCUACUUCUUCCCGUCGAUCGUCAAAACACUUGGGUUUCCGCGCGUAGAAACACUAUUACUUACGGCCCCGCCAUAUUUUCUCGCCUUCUUAUUCUCCAUCGCAAAUUCCUGGCACUCUGGCCGCACAAACGAACGUUGCUUCCACAUUGUCAUCGCGUGUGUUAUCUCCGCUUGCGGUCAGAUCACGUCCAUGUCAACCCACAAUACUGGCGCUCGAUACUUCGCUAUGUUUCUGCAAGCCAUGGGGUCCUUCUCCGCGUUUCAAAUCAUCCUUAGUUGGGUGAGCGCCACAAUCCCCCGACCGAAAGCAAAAAGGGCUGUCACUUUGGCUUUGUGUACUGCUGUUGCGAAUGCGACCAACAUCAGUUCGGCUUAUCUGUAUCCCUCAUGGGAUGCCCCACUGUACCGUAUGGGGUGUAUUGUAUUGACGGUAGCGUUAGUGUGCUGUGCAUCAGGAUCUUUGGCGCUGCGGUUUUGGCUCAGGAGAUUGAACAGGAGAGCAGAUCAGGCUACUGGGUUGGAAGGUAUCGAGAAUGGAACAGGAAACAUGUUCCGGUAUAUAUUGUGACGCAAGAGCGCUAGCUCAAUACAAACCGCCACUGAAUCAUCGUUGCACUUGUUGAUGGAACCUGAGUUGUUGGCGGACGUAACCAUUCUCAGUACCAUGGACGAAGCUGUGAGGUGAUGGAACGACAUGCGGCUGUAGCCUGAUCGUCGUAGCAGUGCACGAGAUAUUGGUCGCUUAUAUUCAACUCGAUGAGAUUUGGACAAUCCUUUAGGGAUUGAACAUGACCGAGAUAUCUGCAGCACCUCGUUGUUCGGCCUGUUGCCUCAGACACACUAUCCUACAAUAUCUCGGCAACCCUCACAUCGGGCCAGGCUUAAUCAUUCGGCGGCUCACAGCACGAUGAUGUACCCAUGCCCCUAGCCUCUGCAUCUAAUUCCACU